AUGAAUACCUUUAGCCACAUGGUGAAGAUUGCCCUUUUUACCCUCUUCAUCUACAUCUCGGGUAACAACGGAAUUAGCGAAUAUCACUUUGGGAGAGGUUUCGGCAAAGGAAAUAUAAGAUGUCUUACCCAAAUGAACAGAGAAUUUGGAAGACCAGAAUUUAGCGCGCAAGGUGAACGAAGCCAAUUUGUCAACGGGGAAAACACAACUGAAAAGAAAGAUGGCAACAGAGAAGGCUCAGAUUCUCAAAACGGCCCAUGGAAUAACUACUACCAGGGCCCAUAUGGAUCCGACCCACAAAUGCACGGAGGAGUCUACAGAAACGGUGGUGCCCCAGAGUAUUACAACAACAACGACAACAUUAGAUACGUAUCCCCAAGAAAUAACUUCAAUAAGGAGUUAUCUGAAAAAUUGAAGUCCAACGCUAUAAUUAUCAUUCCAGCGAUGUUGAUAGGGUUAUAUUUUCUGAGAAACACAAACCCCCAGACUUUAAUAAUGUUAGCCGCCAUUGCUGGUAUUUUAAUGUACACUAACCAUUACAUCAGUUAA